AUGACUCAUGGUAUUACCUUGGAUUAUUUUUCUGAUGUGCUGCAUAACCUCCUUGAAAUCAAGUUCGUGCGAAAAGGAAGAGGCUGCUGCGGCAUCUUGUCCUGGAAGGCGGGAUCGCUGCGCUGGUUCAUCGCGCUGAUAGCCCUUGUGGCGGUUUGCUGCGUUCUAGUAGGCACCGCUUUGGGCGCUAUGCGACCGUCCGGCCGUGAUCAUCUCACCGUCUCCCUUCUAAUGAUAGGAGUGGGCAUCGUCCUCGUGACUGUCAGCGGCGUCGCGUGGCGCCUCACCUCCCGCUCGCCCCCCUCCUGUCGCUCGCUGCUCGGCCUGCGAGGGGGCGGGGCCACGCCCGACCCCGCCCCCGACACCUGCCCGCGCCGCUUCGCGCCCCGCCCCCCGCCGCCGGCGUUCGGCCGACCGCACCACCCGUACGCCGCCAUGAUGUAUCCGGAGUUCAGGCACCGGCCGCCGCCUCCCACUUACCAGGCCAGCAUGCAGGAGUACCGGUUGAGGCUGCUGCUGCUGGAUAGAGGCGGGGCUGGGGAGGUGGGCGGGGUUGGGAUGGGCGUGGUCUCGCCGCCGCCGACCUAUCGGAGCCAUACAGGCAGUCUGUUGAGGGUACCUUUGUCCAAUCGCCGGGACACCUGCCAGUCCGAAUACAGCUGCCCCCCGUCGUACCGAUCUCAGAACAGCAUGAACCGACAGGGUACCGCCCAAUCGAACUCGGUACUGCACAGCAGAGAGCACUCGCUCAGCAUCUCAGAGUCCGACCACGGCGGUUCCAUCGUGAACAUCGUCAAUAUUUUGGGCACCGCGUGCGAGAAUGGCGACACGAUCACCUUGGACUCGUUCAAAAUGGAGCCGGAUCAUGACUCGAACCCAGUGAAAAUGUUCCUUACCGGUAAUAAUAGCGAUUUGGAAGGUAGCAAGAGCGGUAACUUGGUUACGAUCGUCCAGACGAACGACCGUACGCCGGUUAUAGUUACGGUUAGCGGUAACUCGCAGAUCGGUAGCUCUAAUUCAGUUCAAAUCACCGAGAUACCGUCUGAAAUCGAAAUUUUGGCACAUUUGUGA